AUGCAUGUAAGUUUGCUGAUUGUAAGGCGACAGAAUGCAAAGGACGAGAACGAGGCUCUGAAGGCGCAGCACGAAGCAGCUAAAGCGGAGCAGCAAGUGAAAGCCCGCAGCGAAAAAGAGCGAGGCGAAGCCGCUGCUACCAACAAUGAAAGUCGCAUCAAGGAUCUUGAAGGGCAGAUGGAACAGAAAGACCGAGAACGAGACGAAUGGUCAGCCAAAUACCAUAGCGCAAUCUCGAGCGCACAGGAGACGGAAACCGCCAACAACAAGCGGAUUCAAGAGUUUCAGGCCGAGAUUAGCCGGCGCGAUACCGAUAUUGCCAAUUCAAACUCCGAACUUGGCAAACUGCAGGGCGAGAUCAACAACCUCCGGCCGAAAGUGUUUGAUGAAGUCGGGGACGAAGAUGUGCAGAUCUUGUCUGUCACAUAUGGCACACGCGUGUUCUAUGAUUCGGGAACUAGAGACUUUAACAAUCUUCUACCUGCGUUCAAAGAUGCUGCUCGAAGCGGGUACCGUUUCGGUGUCAACAACGGCCUUUUCAAAGACGACCCCAAUCCCGGUCACUACAAAUCGAUGGUCAUUGUGUACCGGUAUAAUAGAUCCGGCUCGACCAGACGUCUGAGAACGUUGACUGGCUGGGAAGAUGGUGAUAAGGUGAAGUUCGAUGAUUGGAACUAG